AUGGAUCUAAAGCCAAACUUUCCGCUUCCCGUUACGGCGACCAGCUCGAGUACCUCAAGCCCAACAAGUCAGACGGAUUCUGUGCCUUUAACCUCCUCCCUCCCGUCCCUCGCAUAUGACUUGGGUUCUAGUUCCUCAUCAAUCAGCCAAGCACCUACACCACCCGAUCUUCCAAUACAUCACAGCCCCAAAUACAAGGAAGCAAAGCCCUCAUUUAUGGAGGGAAAUCGUAAUCAACUCGCUCGGACGAUGAGUCAGUUGGCGGAAGCAGGCUUUCGCCCGGUAUGGUCAAGGGAACACGGAUACCCAGGAACCAUCCCUGAAGAUAUUCUGGAGUAUAUUGACAGCAACAGCUACAAAUUUGAUGAGCUCAUUGGCCCCUUGAGUAGUAUUUUUUGGCUCGCAGGACUGGAUGAGCUGGUCAAUGCGAUAUAUGACCCAGCAAUUGCUCUUCAGGACGAGGUUCGCCUCAUCCCGACAAAUGUCGGCGUUACAUGGAUUUUGGAGCACCUGUUCGAAGAGGACAAAAUCCCAGAACAGAUGUAUGAUCGGUACUUUUUUGGAUACCAUCAGCCUCCAGUGGUCGUUAUGCCGAUACGGCUUGACCCUAUUCCUCCUCAAGUUGGACAAGAAUACGCUCACCAUACAUUGGAGGAACUUUUCCCGGCUUGCAGGCCGCAACGUCUGCCGCAAGAAAUUGCCACAAUCCUGAAAGACUACAUCAGCAAACUUGACGGCGGCUCAUUCUUGUACCGAGCGUCUACUCGGACCGCUUUGGCUGCGCUGAUGGCCUUUUUCGUCCCAAUAAUCCAUAACAAAACUCUAGACAACGAGUUUGGGCCGGGAAUUUAUACAUCUGAUUCUCUAGAAUGGGUCCUGAAAUUUGGUUCCAUCAAUAGUGCGUUGUUGGUUUUCAGAAACACAGAUUUCCGUGAAUUAGAAGUUUGGAAUCCCCCUGUGACCGACUGGCAGCAUAUCGUCGCAACUUGGACCCGAAAAUCUCUAUCUAAUGUACCUGAUUCGGUGCCGUCGGAGUGGAAAACUGCAGAUGUGAUCAAGGGGCCAAUCUCAAAACCUGAUUCACCAAAGAACGGUCUACCAGAACCUGGAGAGGUAUCGCAAACAGUUGCAACAAGCUAUGCGGGAUGUGAAGCGCUUUCUGCAUCGCUAGCAAUGAUAAUCUGGCUAGAGUAG